CGGUUUCAAAAUUGAAACACGUAAUUCAUGCGCCUGUCUAUGGCGGCUACAAUUCAAAAGUUCGGUCUCGUAUUUCAAUUCAUCAUCUUCCAACAACGAAACUCUAGCAAAUCAAACAAAAUCCUGGAAAACCCGAAUUCAGAAACGAAAACAAGAUUUCUAUUUUCUUUCAUUUUGGGAAUUAAUCAACGAAAUGGAGACGGUGAUGGAAGAUGAAGAGUACAAUUACAGAGAAGUAAUUUUGCCUUCGCUGGUCCCAGUAGUCCCAGAGCCAGCACUAGAGAGGGAAACAGGGGAGAGAAGGAGAGGCAGAGAUAUACUCAUUGCUAUUGAUCACGGCCCCAAGAGCAAACACGCCUUUGAUUGGGCUCUUAUUCACUUCCUCAGGCUUGCUGAUACCAUCCAUCUUGUCCAUGCUGUUUCCAGUGUCAGAAACGAUGUGGUUUAUGAAAUUAGUCAAGCUCUUAUGGAGAAGUUAGCGGUCGAGGCUUUUGAGGUUACCAUGGUGAGGACUAAAGCUCGAAUAGUCGAAGGGGAUGCCGGUAAGGUAAUUUGCAAGGAAGCAGAGAGGUUGAAGCCAGCAGCAGUGGUUAUGGGAACUCGUGGUAGAAGCUUAAUUCAAAGUGUAUUUCAAGGAAGUGUAAGCGAGUAUUGCUUCCACAACUGCAAAUCCGCACCCGUAAUAAUCGUACCUGGGAAAGAAGCUGGAGAUGAAUCACUGAUAUAGUGGCAAAGGCAAUGGUUAACUUGAGAAACCAUUAGUCAUGGAAUCAAUUUGUUUGCUUGUAGCACUGUAUGUAAAGAUAGAUUGCUUGGUUGUUUAUCUGAAUGUUUGCAUGUUAUGGCUGUGUUGCUUCAGAGCCUCUUAUCUAGUGUUACCAUACGAUAUAUUGUGUGUAAUUUUAUCGGUAUUUGGUAUUUUGAUUUUUAUUUCCCGAAUUUAUGCAUCCGAAGUUGUCAUCAAGAA